AUGAGACAACACAAUACGACAUUCCUUCCCGAUGUGGUAUUCUUUUUACAGUGUUUGCUUAAUGAGCAGGUACCAGCUAGCGAUAUGCAAAUGCUGUAUUGGUCGAAUGAAUUGGCUAGAAGCGCACAGAGACACGCUAAUCGAUGUGAUUUCAGUAGAGGAAAUUUAUCUAAAUGGAUGGACAACUUAAAUUACCAUCAUUCGGCUGAUAAAAAUCUGCUACCUGGUACUACUUGGGAAAUGGCUGAAAAUGAUGUUAAUCCACUUCGUGGCGCUAUCAAAAAAGCAUAUACGGCUAAGCCAUAUGAUGAAUUUUGCCCUGGAUGCCAGUGUAAAGUGCGAACUCGGCAAAAAUUUACUACGGGUCGGCUCACAUGGAUUUUGGCUAUUAUUGGUUGUUUAUUUUUUAUUCCGCUAGCAGUUGUGCCGUUUGUUGUACGUCCAUGCAAAGACGUACUUUAUUUUUGUCCAAACUGCAAUGCGUUGUUUUCAGUUAGAAUUCGAUUUUAA